AUGGCAAAAUCUAGCUCUCUAUCAGGCAGUAGUUGGGUUAGAUUAUUUGGGAAGACAUCAGGGAAUUCCUUGACUACUCCUAAUUCCUCUAAUGGCAUAGCGUAUCCAAUAGAGGUGGAGGGUCUUGAAGCUCAGCUUCUCAAGGUUCAAGACAACAUACCGAUCUGUGCAUCCAUAAUCUCACAACGGCUGGCUCUGUACUCCCUAGAAGUUGGACCUGAGUGGGUCAGAGACCAGGUGAAGGACCUUGUCAAGAACAGAGCAGUCAUCUUGGAGGCACUCUCACCCCUUGGAGAGGAUGCAGUAAAAGGUGGGGAAGGUGCGAUCUACCUAUGGGCUAGACUUCCAGAAAAAUAUUCUGAUGACUUUGAGGUUGUACGGUGGCUUGCGCGGAAGCAUGGGGUGGUUGUAAUCCCUGGAAGCGCAAGUGGGGGUGCAGGUUAUAUCCGGAUAUCCUUCGGUGGGCUUAUGGAGGCUGACUGUAAAGAGGCUGCAGGGAGACUACAAAAAGGGUUAGAAGAGCUGGUGAGAGAUGGAAUGGUGGAGUGA